AUGAUUCGUAAACCGCACACCACAAGCAAGUUUGACAGUACGCAUAUGGUUUGGUACUCUGGGCAACCAUCUGAAGAUGCUACAGAGGUUAACGAUGAGAGGAAUGCGAGUGGACGUUCGACUGGAAAAGCAAUAACCCUCGAAGAUAUAAUUGCGUGUGCCAGGCGUAAAGUGAGUAGUGAUUAUGUGGAAGCACCGAUGCCCGAUAACGUCCUGACAAUGAUGAGCAGUGAACGAAUGCCGCAGUUCGAUCGAGAUUUGGAUGAGAUUCUGAGUGUAAAAACAACAGUGACAAGUCCACCAUCGACGCGAAUUUCAACCAGGGAAAUGACAAAGCCUGAAGACUUUCUUGAUGAUAAAAGUUCUUUCGUCAACGGAUUACUCGACAGCGAAUCCGUUACAUUCAUUAGCGCUGAACCACCGAGUUUAGAUGUUGAUGAUGACCUUGACCAUAUCAUUAGUGCAUCAACACCUUCAGAUAUGUACAGUAAUCCAAUAAUGCACACGGCUGAUCCUCUCUCAGAAUGUUUAAGGAGGAGUCAUCUGAUGAAAGCAGACUUCAGUCUUGAUUUCAGCACAGUCGACUUGAACGCAGCGAAUUGUGUAAAUGCUGAUGCACCGGCCGAAGGUUCGUUCAGAUCUAUGGAAAGAAAAGAUGCUGAAUACUUGGAUAGUCUAUGA